GGAGCUUUCUUCAUUCUCUCGCCGAACGUCGAAUCGAGCAGCUGUUCCCCUGAGAACCGGCUGAUUAGUUGCAAGCAAACACACAGAACGGAAAAGGAAUAAUGAUUGCGCAAAGUGUAAUCAGCAAACUGCGGCCCUGUGCUCGACGUUUGGCCAGCACGAGCUCCACAGCUCCCAAGUUCAACUGGCAAGAUCCACUGAAUCUUGAGAGCCAGUUAACCGAGGAGGAGGUGGCUAUUCGGGACGCUUUCCGCGGCUACUGUCAGGCGGAGUUACUGCCGCGCGUUAAGAUGGCCAACCGCCUGGAGACGUUUGACAAGAAAAUCAUGGAGGAGAUCGGCAGCUUGGGGGUCCUUGGCUGCACCAUUAAGGGAUACGGUUGCGCCGGAGUAUCCAGUGUCGCUUACGGACUGCUGACCCGAGAGGUGGAGCGCGUAGACUCCGCUUAUCGGUCCGCCGUAAGUGUCCAGAGUUCUCUGGCCAUGGGCGCCAUUUACGACUUCGGCUCCGAGGAGCAAAAGCAACGCUAUCUGCCCAGUAUGGCCGAGGGCAAACUAAUUGGUGCCUUUGGCCUUACUGAACCCAACCAUGGCAGUGAUCCUGCCGGUAUGGAGACCAGAGCCAAAUACGAUAGCAAAAGCAAGACAUACAUUCUGAACGGAUCCAAGACAUGGAUUACCAGUGCGCCCAUCGCCGACGUCAUAGUCGUAUGGGCCAAAUGCGAAGAUGGUAAGGUUCGUGGUUUUCUGGUGGACCGCAAAUUAUCCGGAAAAGGAUUGGACACACCCAAGAUCGAGGGAAAGUUCUCGCUUCGUGCUUCUCCCACGGGAAUGAUCUUAUUAGAUGAUGUUCGAGUGCCGGAACAGCAGUUGCUCCCCAACGUGGCGGGCUUUAGCGGACCCUUCACCUGUCUGAAUAAUGCACGCUAUGGAAUUGCUUGGGGAGCCUUGGGCGCUGCGGAAACCUGCGUAGAGAUUGCUCGUCAGUACACACUGGAUCGUAAGCAAUUCGGACGCCCUUUGGCUGCCAACCAGUUGAUCCAGAAAAAGCUGGCAGAUGCCACCACGGAGAUUUCCUUGGGCCUGCAAGCCUGUCUGCAUGUGGGCCGACUGAAGGAUCAGAAGCUGCACACGCCCGAGAUGAUUUCCCUUUUGAAGCGGAAUAACACUGGAAAGUCCCUGGAUAUUGCCCGCCAAAUGAGGGAUAUGCUAGGUGGUAAUGGCAUCAGCGAUGAAUACCAUGUGAUCAGGCAUGUAAUGAACUUGGAGUCGGUUAAUACCUAUGAGGGCACGCACGAUAUACACGCUUUGAUUCUGGGACGAGCCAUUACAGGACUGGCGGCAUUUGCUAACUAAUCAGUUUUUAUGGAGGUUACUGAAGGACUGCAUUUACUAAUUUGUUUUAUGUUUCAGUGUCAACGUGAAUAAAUGUUAAUCAACUACA